UGGAACUCUUCAAAACCAUGAGUAACGCUGGAGUGGAAGCCAUAGCCGUUAUCACCGGCACUUUCCUGUCCGGUGCAAUGAUGAGCGUCUACCUCCUAGCGGUCCCGUCCCUCUUCGAAACAACAAGUAGUCCUGACCAGCUCGUCCGCCACUGGAGCCGGAUCUACCUCAACGGGCACAUAAAAGGCCCCAUCAUCUGCCUAAGCACAACCGCGUUGUACGGACUGGCGGCUGCGACUAAGUACUCGGCCGGCGAGGACUGGGGCGUCUUCGCUGCCGCGGGCGCUAUCACCAUUAGCAUGGUCCCAUUUACGCUGACGGUGAUGGCGCCAACCAACAACGCGCUUUUCCGGCUAGAGGGGGAAGUCAAGAAGGGACAUACCCCGGUAUGGUCAGAUGCAGAGCGUCUAGUCCGCAGGUGGAACCGAUUCAAUGCAACUCGGGCCUUUUGCCCAUUAGUUGGGGCUGUUUUAGGGCUGUUGGGAGUUCUGAAGAUUGUUUCGUUCUAGCUGAAUGUACAUAGGGCUGCCCGGUGGCCGAGGACGGGUUAUACUUGCUUGGAAAUGAGGCUGGUCAAUCAACCUAUGGCUGACUCUAUCG